GGUAUUGGUUGUUGUUUUCACCUGUACAGGUGAGAGUCAGGCAGCCAGGUCUUAUCAGGUAUUAGUGAAAUGGAAACGUUGUGUAGGUGAUCAUUGCUUCUUUUAUAGUGCGCCUUUAGUAUUAUACAGAAAAGAUUGAUUAAAAUCUUGUACAGUGAUUUGACUAUUUGGUACUCAACAGUGAGUCGACCACGCGAGUUGUUGGUCUUCAAGGUGCAAAAAAACCGCUCCUGUAAUAACCAUGUCAACAGGCAGGUUUCACAAAGCUGCUAAGGAUGGACAUAUAGAUGUGCUUAAGGAAACUACAAAAAGAGAUUGUAAUGGACGAGAUGAACAGGGGAUGACCCCUACUCUUUAUGCGGCGUUUUUUGGUCAUUUGGAAGCGCUUCGAUUGCUGUGUGGUCGAGGAGGAGAUCCUGACAAAAGCGAUAAUUUCGGUAACACGGCAUUACAUUUGGCAGCAGCGCAGGGGCACAAGUCGGUGGUCACCUUUCUAGUCAAUUUUGGAGCCAACAUUUAUGCCCUGGACAUAGACGAACACACACCUCAAGAACUGGCAGGAAUAAACAAUAGGAAUGACAUUAUGAGAUUUUUAGACGGUGUCUCUGCAAAACUAGAAACAACGGACAAAAAGAAAGCAAAAGCGUUGAAGGAAAAGGCAAAGAAGGAUGCCGAAAAAAAAAUUAAAGAAUUCAAUAAGAGACAAGCGAAAGCAGACGCUCAAGCGCAAAAGUAUCAGAAAAAAGUAAUCGGCGAUUAUAAACCAUCUGUAAUGAAUACUCUUAAAAUGAGGAUAAAAAGUAGUUCCGUUUCGAAUCUUUCCGCGCCAGCUUCCACAGUUCCUCGAUUCAGUACAAUGGUUAGCGGUGGUACAGUAACUAGUCACAAAGGGGUAUCAGGGACAGUACAAAGAAAAAUAUUGUCCAAAAACAGAUAUGCCAGUACCGAUGAUGAUUUCAAGAUAAGCGAAAUAGAAGACGGAAAACGUUCUGUAAGAUCGAUCCGCGGUGUUCGGAGAGAUUCCGAAGUGAUGUAUGGGGGAACAAUAGAUCCACCAAGGAGAGGUCUUUUAGAAAAUGUCUUCAACGAAGCCGAUUAUGCUACAAAUGAAAAUAAAGAACCCACCAAUCUAACGCGCUCGGUUUCUCAACCCGAUUUCGUACAAGAAUUAAACAACAACGAAAACAUUCAUCAAGAACAGAGCAGCAUAUUUAACAGGGCAGGACUUGGAAGUUUGGCCUUUAGGAAAAGUAUAAACAGCACUUUACAAACAUUUCAAAUGAAUGACGGAUUAACUGAAGAUAGUUCUAUUGGUUCUGCUGGAAGUCUAGCAUUUAGACAGAAACAGUUCCCAAAUAACUCCUUUGAUGAUGACCUUUCAGAUCCUGAAUCAAGUGAAGAUGAAAAUCCUUAUAACGCUUUGGAGAGGUUUUUGACCGCUUGGGGUCUCGGAGAAUAUACAGCUCGAUUCGAAGAACAAAAAAUUGACUUAGACACAUUGAUGUUAUUAACCGAAAGCGACUUGAAAUCAUUAAAUUUGCCUUUGGGCCCUUAUCGAAAAUUAGUCAACGCGAUAUCCGAAAGGAAGUCAGCAUUGGAAAAUCCAGGGGAAGUAAUUGAUAGUCAGUUAUAGCAUUUUAGCAUGUGAAUUGAUGUUUACAUCGCAAACAACGAAAAGAUCGAAAAAGCAUAUGCAACGAACAUUUGGUGCUUAAACAUAUUAUGACAUAAUUUACAGUAUGUAUUGCUUCUAUGCAAAAAAAUAAUAUAUGUAUUUAUUUUUUGGUAA